AUGACUGCGACAAUUCCUCCCAAGGUGUCUGGUCCUCCUGCAAACGGCUCAGCGGCCAAGAGAGCAGGCCCGACGGUGCUGGUGCCGCAGCAGCGCGCGCACACCAUCACGAAGGAGCGACUGGCGAUCGUUCAGUCCAUGGAUGGGUGGGCGGAGAGCACGCUUCUCCCGCUGCUGAAACCCGUUGAGGCCAGCUGGCAGCCGCAGGAUUACCUUCCCCAACCCGAAAAGGACUCUUUCUUGGACGAGCUAGCUGAUCUCCAAGCCAGGGCAGCGACGCUCCCAGACGACUACCUGGUGUGCCUCGUGGGGGAUAUGAUCACCGAGGAGGCCCUCCCCACCUACCAAACCAUGCUCAACACUCUCGAUGGGACCAAGGACGAGACCGGAGCCAGCCCGAGCCCCUGGGCGGUGUGGACGCGGAAAUGGACGGCGGAGGAGAAUCGGCACGGAGAUCUGCUGAAUCGGUAUCUGUAUCUGACCGGGCGGGUGGAUAUGCGCGCUGUUGAGAAGACGAUCAACUACCUCAUUGGCUCGGGGAUGGACCCCAAGACGGAGAACAACCCUUACCUAGGGUUCGUCUAUACAUCCUUCCAGGAGCGGGCGACCUUCAUUUCCCACGGCAACACGGCGCGCCAUGCCAAGGAGUUUGGCGACGACCGGCUGGCCGUGAUCUGCGGGAUGAUAGCUGCUGAUGAGAAGAGGCAUGAGAAGGCGUACUGUGCGAUUGUGUCUCGGCUGUAUGAGCUGGAUCCAAGUGGGGCGAUGCUGGCAUUCGAAGACAUGAUGAGGAAACAGAUUGUCAUGCCAGCUCACCUCAUGUAUGAUGGGGAGAACCCAAAACUCUUUGACGAUUUCUCUACUGUAGCACAGCGUACUGGAGUGUACACUGCUGGAGACUAUGCGGAUAUAAUGGAGCACCUUAUAGCGGUGUGGGAUGUGGAGAAGAUGGAGGGACUGUCUCCAGAAGCGGCACGUGCGCAGGAGUUUGUCUGCAAGCUGCCGCCCAGGAUCAGGAGGUUGGCGGAGCGGGCGGCGGACAAGGUGAAGAAGGGCGGCCCGCAGACUGGCAAGUUUAGCUGGGUUUUCAACAGGGAGGUAAAGCUUGUGUAA